CUUCUGCCUGCGAACAGCGGACGGUCAUAUCUGUUCGAACACGGCUGACACGCCUUCUUUUUGACUCUGUUCACUAUGGCAGAUGUCCACCAGCUAGUCCCAGAACAGCGCGUGCGGAAGAGACGCCGGCGUACUGUGGCCUGUACGCAAUGCCGUAGUCGGAAGCUCCGCUGCGACCGAGAGUAUCCCGCGUGUGGACGCUGUGUCAAGAGCAGGACUCCAGACAAAUGCACCUACGAAGACGGCAUUCUAUGGCAGCAACCAAGCACGGUUUCGUCGACGGCUUUCAAUCCCGAUCGACACGAUAAUAAUAACAGCAGCCGUGAUAAUAAUAAUAACGUUAUCCCGAAGCUACUUCCCCGAGUGGUUGAUGCGAGUCCCAGCCCGGAUUCGGGGUUAAGGCCCCUGUUAACGUCCGCGGACGCGCGCCCGCCGCUCGACCUCGCCCACGCCCAGGAAGCGGACAACGCUCAACAGCACCAGGCAUUUCGGUCCGUGCCGCUGGAGAAGAAAGACCACUUCCUCGAGACCGUCCUGGGUGCCCCGAAAACCGAUGAGCCCUUUGUCCCCGCCGAAGUCGUUCAACGCUCCCAGUAUCCCGAGCGUUCGCGCGGCACUCAGUCGUAUCUCGUCGAUUACGAUGAUGAUGGCAGGUUUGCCUCUCCAUCUCAGCAGCUGGACAUCCUGCCCCGGAUCAUGAUGAGGGGCAAGGAAACCCGGACGCGUUUCAACGGUGCGGGCAUUCUUGCGAAUUUGGUGGCCCAGUUCUCCGACCUUCGACAAUUUGCCGAAGAGCUGAAAGUAUCUUACCCCAACUUCGCACAGCUGCGUCCCGAGUUUGAUAAGCUCAAGAGGGGUCUUUACAAGAACAACUUGGGGGAACAUAUCCAUGAGCCGGACACGAUGACCUUGAUCGAAAUACUGCCUUCUCGGCGUGUCGUGGACGAGUUGGUUCGUUUGUACAUGACCUACGUAGAGUCUGUCCACCGCAUUCUCCAUGUCCCCUCCUUUCUCCGCGAGCUUGAGCAUUUCUGGGAACGCAGGGAGAAUCCCAACAUGGUCUCCCCUGCUUUCGUUGUGCAGUUACUCCUGGUCCUGGCCUGCGCGUGGAAUCUAGCCGAUCCCGAUCUCCUUCAGUACAAGAACGAGGGCAGACUGAAGUGCUUCACUGCAGUGAAGUGGAUUGUGAUGGCAGAGAAAUGGAUCCAGAAUGCUCACAUCAAACGGCCAGAGAUCACCGGUUUCCGGAUCUACUGCCUACUGAUCAUUGCACAGAACAGCCAAGGCAUGAAGCGCAGUAAGGCAUGGCUGGCAACCGGGACACUGGUCAAGCAAGCCAUGCUGGCUGGGUAUCAUCGUGACCCGGCUAAAUACAGUCGAAUCUCUCCAUUUAAUAAAGAAAUGCGAAGACGGUUAUGGGUGGCGAUUGUGGAGCUCGAUCUACAGGUGGCCCUCGAUCGGGGGCUGCCGCCUUCGGUGCAAAUAUCGGAUUACGACAGCGCCCCAGCAUUGAAUAUAAACGAUGACGAGAUCAGCGAGGCUACCGUCGAGCUUCCCACCGAAAAGUCCUUAGACCAAGUAACCGAUUCAUCUUUCCGUGCGGUUUUGACUCGAUCUCUCCCGGUGCGGUUAAGACUGUGUGCGAUGAUGCACUCUCCUCGGAUUACGUGCAGUUACGAGGAGAUCAUGCGCAUCGACUGGGAAUUGAACAAACACCUCUCUCAGAUCCCGGAUUGGAAAACCUCGGAAGCUUGGGACCCAGAAACACGGCAAAAAGUAAUCUUGUGGAAGGCACUUCUAGAGAAUAUAAUGAACCAGAACUUUUUGUCUCUACAUACACCGUUUGCUAUUGAGACCCCAAGGGAACCUCUGUUCACCCCGUCUGCCAGGGCACGUCUUGAGGUGGCCACCACACUGCUUUCCACGCAACGGCGAUUACACGGGAUGUCGAAACAGUUGUCCCUAUGUAACCUUGGAGACUGGACUACCCAGGCAAUAGCUACAGUCUGCCAUGUCCUGUAUUCAAGCGACGGCGAAUGCGUUCCAACCCUCACUCGGACCCUGCCAGGGUUUGCCGAAUCUUUGCUCUCGCUCGUGGAAGUUGUCUUACUGUCUUUGGAAGGCCGACUUCUCCUUGUGUCCAAAGGUGCCAAAGAGUAUUUCUACACGUCCACCAUUCUGGCCAUGGCUAAGACGAAAUUGUGGCCGGAUCAGGCAGCUAUUUACAGGCAGCAGGUUGUCGACCGACUCUUGGCAUUAGCGCAAGCUCUUUUCCAGCGUCACGCCUGUUGCUCCCAUCUGGGCGACUCUGCUGUGGGUGUAUUGAGAACGAACCAGGUUAUCGGAUCAUCCAUGGUUCCAGGAUCGGCUGCUCCGUCGGCUCCCGUCUUUGAUGCAGCUAUGCAGCAAGUGAGCUUUACUACGCCCCAUACGACCGAAUUCGACCCAUUUCUCGAUGUCUUUGACUGGGAGGAUUUGACAGGGAUUGCCUUUGGGGAUAACACAGAGUUCCUCUAG